GGGAACUGUAGUUCAUUGUGGCACAGGAGCUGAGGCUAAAAUGUCUCACAAAACUACAGUUCCCAGAAUUCCAUAGUAUUGAGAGCCAGGACAGUUAAAGCGGUCUCAAAGUGGGUUAUUCCUGCAGUGUGUUUUGGACCACAGUUGUAUGGCUCUCUCAUGCCUCUAAUUCUAUGGUUUUGGGUUUUAAAAACUUAAAAGGGCCUAGGGCUGGUGACGUCACCGGAAACAGGAAGCAGUGGGCGGAAGUGACCUCAGGAGAAGGAGGGGGAGACCCAGAGCAGAGGGAACGAUGAGCACUCCAGGAGGGUUGGUGACCAAUCGCGGACGGCGUUUCAAAUGGGCCAUUGAGUUGAGCGGUCCAGGUAGUGGAAGUAGGGGCCGUAGUGACCGGAGCAGCGGUCAGGGGGACACUCUAUAUCCUAUAGGCUACUCGGACAAGCAGGUACCAGAUACCAGUGUCCAGGAAACAGAUCGUAUCCUGGUGGAAAAGCGCUGCUGGGAUAUUGCCCUGGGUCCCCUGAAGCAAAUCCCUAUGAACCUGUUCAUCAUGUACAUGGCAGGCAACACAAUUUCCAUCUUCCCCACCAUGAUGGUCUGUAUGAUGGCCUGGAGGCCCAUCCAAGCACUCAUGUCCAUCUCUGCUACCUUCAAAUUACUGGAGAGUUCAAGCCAAAAAUUCCUUCAGGGUCUGGUGUACUUAAUUGGAAACCUCUUAGGGUUGGCUUUGGCUGUUUACAAGUGCCAGUCAAUGGGAUUGUUGCCAACACAUGCUUCUGACUGGCUGGCUUUUAUUGAACCACCUGAGCGCAUGGAGUUCACAGGUGGGGGUCUUGUGCUAUGACCCAACUCAGUGUCAGAAACUAAGUGUUGCAUUAGAUGUCUGGAUCACCGGAUGUUCUUCUCUCACUCAACCUCAUUCCCUCAUAAAGCUGCCGAUUCUUAAGUGAACGCUGCUGUUCUGUGGAACAUAAGAUGAAAAAUGCAGAGACAAGAAGAACAAAAUGCAAAGGACUGAUAUGCUGCAUGGGGAGAGGCAGAAGGCUCACCCUGACGGGUUUUUACCUUUCCUCUUCUGUUUAAAGCAGAAUAAAAGUGCUAACACAAA